AUGACCUCACAAGUUGAGCCUGCGCUCAGAGACCUGAUUUCGACAUACAACGAACUCAACAGUUCCACCAUCGAGGAGCUUGAUUCGGAACCCAGUCCCUUGGAGUUUAUGCGUUUCGUCUCUAGAAAUUCGCCUUUCGUGAUACGGGGAGCGGCAUCAUCGUGGAAAGCUACAAGGAAAUGGAGCUCGACGUACCUCAGAUCAGCCAUGGCUGGGCAGACUGUCAAUGUUGCCGUUACCCCUCACGGCAAUGCCGAUGCGCCUACGUAUUCGCCAAAAGAUGGAGUCACCGUCCUAGCAAAGCCUCACGAGGAAUCUCAAAUGUUUGAUGAUUUUCUUACAUACGUUACGAAGCAGGAAAUGGACAAAGCUUUCCCGGAGGAUGCAGAGGUAAUUGGCAGAAAACACUUUGUUUUGUUACCGCCAGUCUGUCAUCCUUGCAUGAAUGAGGCUUUGCUUACUCCAGCUACCUAUGUGCGCGACGAGACGGGCCUCUCUAUUCGCGUUGAUGAAGGGGCUGACCUUGUCCCUUUUGUGACUUGGGACCCAGACGAUCCGCAAACAAAUUCUACUGCCUUCUCUAGGUUGGCGCAACCAGUGCGAGUUACUCUUAACCCUGGGGACAUGUUGUAUCUACCAGCCAUGUGGUGA